AUCCAAGUCGAACCAACGAAACACCCUUCCCGUCACAGACGCCGCCGCCUCCUGGAAGGUCGCCGCCGUCGACUUCCACCGGAUCCCUUCUGGUGCCGCCGCUCCUGCAGGACUCCUCGUGCCACCUCAACCUAGCGAAUCCGCGACCUCUCCCGCCCACCACCAGUCUUCCCAUACCUCCUCCCACCACACCGUCCCAGUAACAGAGAAGGGGAAAAGAAGAACCUACGUUCUCUUUCCGGCAGGGCUGUUUCUUCCCGAUGCUCCGGAUUGCCUCUCGCUCGGGGUUGCUUGGUAGCAGGAGAUGCUACAGCGCCGCCCCAAAGGGCGGGCUGUCAAUCAGUGGCGUAAGUGACAUCAUUGCUGUCGCCUCGGGGAAAGGCGGUGUCGGCAAGUCCACCACUGCAGUUAACAUUGCUGUAGCACUUGCGAAGGAGUUUAAGCUUAAGGUUGGUUUGCUAGAUGCUGACAUAUAUGGACCAUCCAUUCCCACAAUGAUGCAUCUGCAUGAAAAGCCUGAAGUAAGUGAAGGUAUCACUACACUACCAGCUGUACCUCUCUCAACAUAUGCAGAUUUGCCAUACAAACAUGUUAUAUUUUUUGCCUCAAAAGUUAAAUCUACAAUAACUAGCUAGCAUUUUUGUUAUUGUGAGUUACAAGAUUUUCCUUUUGUCCUGGUACUGCUACAUAUUCUAAGAUGCUAACAGAUAAAAUAUUAUUGUUUCCACACAUUUUUGUGCAUAAUAUAGUUUUGAUUUAUAUUUGAA